CAGCCAGGCAUUGCAGCAGCCAUAAACAAGCCAGUAUUAUAACAUAAAACACGCUUGUGUCCGUCCCUCUGCCCCUUUUGACGCAGCAGUCGAGAGCUCGACGAGAAUUACGAACGACAUUGCUUCUUGCAGGCAGAGAGCUCAACAGCACAGUGCCUCGUAUCAGACGGAUUCGAUCCUUGAAAAUGCACAAUGGCUGAUCAUCUGGACCCCAGAGCCGCAUCUCCCGGCGCUUCUGAGACGGGGCGUCGCCGGUCUAGGAACCCCCUGCGAAAUAUGAUCCAGCAUCUCACCGUUGAGUCGUCUCCGGGUGGCAGCGACGGCACUGGGUCGCGGCGCUCAUCGCUGAUCCGCCGACUUAGCGGACAGAAGAGCCGAUCCCCAUCGGCGCACUCAGAUGCCGCCUCCAGCUCACGGCCAAACUCACGACCUCCUUCGGCCAUGGGCGUGAAUCGAGAUCCAGCGCUUUGUGAGUCGUGCUCGCGGUUAGCAGCUGAAAUUGAAGAAACCUUAGAUGAGGUGGACGCAACUUUCACUAAGCCAGCUGAUGGCGGGGCUGCGGACUUUGAGACAAGAGAACACUUUGUAUCACGACUUAAGCUUCUGGAGGAGAACCGCUGGUCGGCAACAUGUCCGAUGUGUAAGCUGUUCUGGGAGGUUCAUGUUCCUAGCCAAGAACCUGGGGAGUACAACCUGGUGGCAUUGUCAACGCGCGAUACGAGCUACCUCAUCGACUCAGCCAAGAUGCAGGAUCAUCCUGCCAAAGGACGAGCCAAGGGGCUCAGUCCGGCCUUCUUCUCUGUUAUCUCCAAGACAAAGGCUCCCAACGGACAGGAUCCCGAUGUAGAUCCUGAAUGGUUCCGAGAAUCGGGCAUGUUGCUUCGAACAAGGCCUGAGACGUUAGUUGACACAGCGAGAGGAAGGAGUGGCGCAGAAGGAAAGCUCACCGCUCCAUCUCAGACAUCCUCUCCAUUACCGUCGCCGACAUUCAAUUUACCCGAUGAUGCUUUCUGGCCACAGAGAGGUAUCUGGGGGCGAGAAAUUGGCAAGAGUGCCGACCUAGGCCUUGUGCGAGAGUGGCUUCACUUUUGUGACACUCACCACCAAGGACGAUGUUCACGGAGACCAAUUCAAGCUGAGAUCAAGGGAUUCCGAUUAAUCGACUGCGGCCAAUCUCCUCCACGGGUGGUCGAAGCAUCCCUUGGAGAAGACUACGUAGCGCUGAGUUACGUACGAGGCGAUACCCAAGAGGAUGGAAAUUGGCCGCGUGUUGUUAGAGAUGCUGCUACGGUAGCUCUUGAACUCGGCUUCAGAUACCUUUGGGUAGAUCGCUUCUGCAUAGACGAUACGAAACCUGAAGAGAGGAGGGGGCAUCUACAUCGAAUGGAUGAGAUUUACAAAGGGGCUGCUGUCACAAUUAUCGCCGCUGCUGGUGAGAAUGCCAUGCAUGGAUUGCCUGGAGUUGGAUCAACAUCACGACCUACUCAACCAAAAUACAAAUUUACUACAUCUAAUGUGACUCUCGUUUCGAGUCUCCAGGACCCGCGCCUACUCGUUGAACGUUCGACAUGGUACACUAGAGGAUGGACAUACCAAGAAGGACUUCUUUCCAGACGACGCUUGGUUUUCACAGAGCAGCAAAUGUAUUGGGAGUGUGAGGGUUUGGCGUGCCCUGAGACCCUAGACUUACCACUUGAAUUUUAUCACGAUCCCGGAGAGAAGCGCAUGUGUGAUUUCGUGCGCCCAGGAUUGUUCAACGGGGUGUCAUAUAUGGACGGUAGCUGGGAACGGUGGAAGAAAUUACCUCAGAAGCUGGGAGAAGCGAGCACGUUGAGUCUGUUCCGCGAAGUAGACCAGCAUAUUACGAAAUACACGAAUAGGAACCUGAGCCGACAUGAGGAUUCGUUAGAUGCGUGCUUGGGGCUUUGGCGAGAGAUGGAGAACACGCUUGGAAAGGGAAAACUAAGCGAUCUUGUGGGUAUCCCACUAUGGGCACCUAUACCGUCAGAGCCAUCAGAAGAAAACAACGGUAUACCGAGAACGAGACAUCUAUUCGCAUUAUCAAGUUGCUUCUGGCAUCAUAAAGUCGGCACACGAGCGCAACGAAGAAACCAUUUGCCUAGUUGGUCAUGGGCAGGAUGGUCUGGCCCGGUCGAGCUAUCCUCGUCUGUAACAAUCGCCGCCGAUCUCGAGAUGAAGAUGAAAAGUCGAAAGAUUUUUAAUCAUCACUAUGUCACGGCAACACAGCUAACGAGAAAUGAGCCAUCGUCCGUACAGUGGACGUACUCGCCUGAAAUGGUGGUACUUGGGCCCGACGGUUCUGUUGUGUACGAUUUUGCAGAGCAGCUUAGUUCGCCCCCUCGCUUUCGUCCAGCAAGAUAUGCUCUCCACGUGAAGAAUCCAUUAGUAUUAGAUCGCGUAAAGGCAAAAACUCAUUCUGAGGGCUGGCAGUUCAGUGGCCUCAGCGUUGACGUAAGGAUGAGUCGAGGCAGUGGCACAGAGACCGCCUGUCUGGGAGGUGAAGCCAGCAUAGGCAGCAUCAAAGAAUAUAUAACACGGCAUGGAAAAGGAGAGCAAAUGAGUGUGCUGUGGUUUGUGGAAGAGGCCACGGUGAUGCUGCUGGUGGUAGAGAAGACAGGAAGAGGAACAUGGGAACGGGUGGGGAGGAUGAGGAUGGCCUUCCCGGAAGAUGCAAAGGACGUUCUGAGGAGUUCCGGAAGGCUGGAGGGCUUAUUGGGAAGACUACCCAUGAGAAAGCUAGGCGAGAACAUUAUAAUCGAAUAAAGAGUGGUGGGGG